UACUCACAUAGUGCAUGCAGAUUCUUUCACGCUCAGUGGAUAUGUCAUAAAUUGGAAUAAAGCAAUUGACCCAACCAGAAAAACUCAUCCGGGCUCAGUUGUUCACUUGUCUGAUAAUCCAAUAGAUGCCAAUAAGUUACUAAUAGGAUUCGAAACAGGUCAAUUAGUUCUGUGGGAUAUGAGAGGAAGAACCGCAGAACUGCGAUGGAUUUCCCAAGAACCUCUAUUAUCAUGUUCCUGGCACCACGAAGGAAAGCACUUUGUAUCAUCUCACGUUGAUGGAUCUCUAUGUACGUGGCCUUUAAAACUUUCAACUAAACCUAUGGCGCAUGGCUUUCCACACGCAAAAACAAGCAAGGAUGGAAAAACAGAAACCUGCAAUUCAAUUCAAAAAGUGGAAGUUCAAACGAAUAGACUAGGAGAACAAUUCACAAUUUUUUCUGGAGGUCUUCCGACUGAAAAGUGUUGUAGCAAAUCUCAUUGCAUUACAGUAUUAGUACAGAACAAAUCUACUACAGUACUAGAAAUGGAACAUCCUGUUGUAGAUUUCAUCACUGUAUGUGAAAGUCCUUGGAGUAGCGAUUUCCAGGAGCCGCAUGCCGUUGCCGUUUUGCUGCAGAAUGAUUUAGUAUUGAUAGAUUUGUUAACACCUGGUUAUCCAACAUUUGAAUCGCCUUACCCCAUGGAUAUUCAUGAGUCUCAAGUUACUUGUUGUACAUAUUUAGCCGAUUGCCCAAGUGAUUUAGUUCCGGCAUUUUAUUCUGUAGGAAGAAACACCUCAACUCGAAGAUCGGGCUAUUCUGAAAGAGAAUGGCCAAUUAGUGGAGGUGAAUGGCAACCAACUUCGUGCAGUUAUUCCGAAAUUGUCAUGACUGGACACUUAGAUGGAUCUAUUAAAUUUUGGGAUUCAAGUGCAGGAACACUACAAGUGCUUUAUAAAUUAAAAACAUCCAAAGUAUUCGAAAAAUCAAGAGUGAAAUCAACAGAUGUCGUUGAAGAAGAUCCAUUAUCUAUUUCGGCUAUCUCGUUAUGUGCUGAGUCCAGGAAACUAUGCAUAGCUAUUAGUAGUGGACAUGUGGUUCUGUUUAAGUUCAGAAGGGCUGAAAGCACUGGAGAUAUUUCCGUGCUCGAUGUCCCAAUUACUUACGAAAAUGUAGUUCAGAAUAUAUCCAGUCCAGAAUGCGAAUUUAUUCCAAGAACACUGCCGAAAGCAACUGAUUCAGAAGAAAGUGAGGUAAAGUACAAUGGAAUGUUAAAAGUUAAAAGUGGACCACAAAAGAAGCCACCAGGUUUCCAAGCUCAAUUAGUAUGCAUAACACCUUGGACACAUGGCACGCACCCCGGUCAGAUUACUGCUUUGACCAUCAACUCCAGUUAUGGAUUAAUGGCAUAUGGUAACGAGUAUGGAUUGGCUGUCGUGGACAUUGUUCAGAGAACAUGUUUACUCAAUAUGUCAACUCAAGAGGUUUAUGCCACAUUCGAUAUAUAUCCGCAAACACCCAGAAGCCCAAAACGUCUUGAAGGAGGUCAAUCUAAAGAAGAUCAAAGUAGAUCACCAAGCAUAGACCAGAUAAAUGGAAUAUGCAGCUCGAACAAUGCCUCAAGUAAUAAUAACGGUAGUACUAGUUGUGCAACAACACCUAAUACGGCACCUUCACCAAUCGCUAAUGCACUGCAUGAACGUGGAAUGAGUAUAACAAGCGCAGGUAGUCCUAACAAAAGAACAAGUAGUACUACGACAAUAACUGGUAUACCUGAUACAGUUCGAAAAUCGAGAUCGCAAGAUAAAUUGGACGAAUUUAUUUCAAGAUCACGGUCGUCUUCUCUGUCUAGCCUGGAUAAUGCAAGUUUUGAGGCAGUUACAUGUUUAGCAUUUGCGGAUAGUUAUAUAAGAAAAAGUGAUCCAUCCCUUACAUUACCAACAAUGUGGUUAGGAACCAGUUUAGGUGCAGUACUGACGGUAUCCCUAUGCAUACCCGAGCAAGAAUUGCGAAAGUCAGAGCCUGUUCAAUCAUCACUGACAGGUCCUAUGUUUCGGUUAAAAGGAUCCGUGUUGUCUAUGUCGUUGCUGGAUUGCAAUGGUGCUCUUAUCCCAUAUCCCUAUGAAACCUGGAGAGAUGACGCAAAGGAUGGAAAGGAGAAACGUGAUAAAUCGACAAUUAAGUCAACGACAAACAAACUUAGCCCAACAAGUCCGGAUGGAUUGUGUGAUCGACAAUUUAUUGUCAUUGCGAGUGAAAACCAAGCAGGAGUGUUCGCCCUACCCAGUCAAAAUUGUGUGUACAAAAAAACAAUAGUAGAUUCUGAUUUUGUGGUUGAAGCUGAAAUUAUAAGUAUGAGAGAUAGCGUUUGUUUGAUUGAAUACGCGUCCAACGGCCAUUUACUGGUUUUUACACUCCCAAGUCUGAAAAUGUUACUGGACGUAGAUUUUUUACCAUUGGCAGAACUGAGUAUAUCGAAGACGUUUAGCUUUAGCAACAAAGGACACGGAUUAUAUCUGGUAACGCCAUCUGAAAUCCAGAAGUUCACCGUUUGUCAGGAAUUUUGCAAUCACUACAAUGAAAUGCUUGGAGAACUGUACAUAGAGCAAGAAAUGCCAGAGGCACCGAAAGAGAGUUUUUUCAAAGGACUUUUUGGAGGUGGCAUGAGAAACCUGGACCGUGAAGAACUUUUUGGUGAAUCGAGCGGAAAAGCGAAUAAAUCUAUAGCCAGACAUAUUCCAGGCCCUAACGUUAAUAUACAGGAAUUAAACAUGAGGGCAACGUCUGCGUCAUCAGAAGUUAGCAGAGCUCACCAACUAAUGUUAGAACGAGGUGAUAAGUUGAGCCAAUUGGAGGAACGAACCGAAAGGAUGGCUAGUGAAGCACAGCAGUUUUCAAAUUCAGCUAACCUAUUAGCGAAUAAAUACAAGGAUAAAAAGUGGUAUCAACUAUAAUACUUUAGUAGACAGAGUAACAAAAAUCGGCAAGUUGACUCAAUCCAAAAGAUCUGUGUGCGAAUGAUGAUAGACAGGGCGUGUGCGUAUCAUCCACAAAGUCUACAUGAAUAGCGUCGAAUUAUUCGAAACAUCAGGAUGGAACGAUUAAUUCAAUACGAAUACAAUAAUACAAUACAAAAAGUAUACACAUUUCCGGCGUAUGUGGUACCAAAUCCAAAUUAUAAAUAAGUACAUCAUGGAACCAGAGUUUCUAAAUCAAGUUAUUUUUUGUCCAAGAUAAAUAAAUCUGAAGCAUUGAGUUUUUAUAGGUAUAUGUAUUGUUAAAUCAUUUUAAAAAACUAAUAAAACUUUUCCCGUUAUGUAAUGUACAAUGCUUCGAUUGUAAAUAAAUCCAAUUUCGUAAGUGUUUUUUUAUGUCAGAGUCCAUUAACAUAUUGCUUGACAAUAUAAUAUUCAUGCUGCUGCUAAAAAUCAUUUAACCAUUAAAUCAGGAUCUAAAUAAGUAUGCAAUAAUGCAAAAUGAUGUAUAUAAAAAAUUUGCUUUGUCUAGAUAAAUUACAUAUUUUAUAUAAUAUAAUAAACUCAUAAUUAUUUCGAA